AGCAUUGCGCAAGGAAGACCAAUACUCUCACCCCCUCCCAGGAACAUAAAACUGACUGGUCUGGAGCUAAUAGUCCCUGCUGUCUGAGAUCGCAGCUACAGCCUUCACAAACUGCUGUCCUGCUUUUAUUCUCCAAUCCCUCAAAGUAACAUCUGACCCUAAAGAGAAGUACUGAAGAAUGGGGAAGGAGAAAACUCACAUCAACAUUGUAGUCAUCGGCCAUGUGGACUCUGGCAAAUCUACCACCACCGGCCAUCUCAUUUACAAGUGCGGAGGAAUCGACAAAAGAACCAUUGAGAAAUUUGAGAAGGAGGCUGCUGAGAUGGGAAAAGGCUCCUUCAAAUAUGCAUGGGUAUUAGAUAAACUGAAGGCUGAACGUGAACGUGGGAUUACCAUUGACAUCUCUCUGUGGAAGUUUGAAACAACUAAAUACUACAUCACCAUCAUCGAUGCUCCAGGACACAGAGAUUUCAUCAAGAACAUGAUUACGGGAACUUCACAGGCAGACUGUGCUGUAUUGAUUGUUGCCGCUGGUGUAGGAGAAUUUGAGGCAGGAAUCUCUAAAAAUGGACAGACGCGUGAACAUGCCCUUCUGGCCUACACACUUGGUGUCAAACAGCUUAUUGUAGGAGUUAACAAGAUGGAUUCCACGGAGCCUCCAUACAGCGAAAAGCGUUAUGAUGAGAUUGUCAAGGAGGUCAGUGCCUACAUCAAGAAGAUUGGCUACAACCCUGCCAGUGUGCCCUUUGUGCCUAUCUCAGGUUGGCAUGGAGAUAACAUGCUGGAGCCUUCACCCAAUAUGCCCUGGUUCAAAGGCUGGAAGCUGGAGAGGAAGGAACACAGUGCUGGUGGCGUCAGUCUCUUGGAGGCCCUUGACACUAUCCUGCCCCCCACCCGGCCCACUGACAAGCCUCUUCGGCUGCCUCUCCAAGAUGUGUAUAAGAUUGGAGGCAUAGGAACAGUUCCAGUGGGCAGGGUUGAGACUGGAGUUCUGCGGCCAGGAAUGGUGGUGACCUUUGCUCCUGUCAAUAUAACCACAGAGGUGAAAUCAGUUGAAAUGCACCACGAGGCUUUGAGUGAAGCCCUGCCUGGUGAUAAUGUAGGCUUUAAUGUCAAGAAUGUUUCAGUCAAGGAUAUCCGCCGAGGAAAUGUGUGUGGAGACAGCAAGAAUGAUCCCCCCCAGGAGGCGGCUCAGUUUGUUGCUCAGGUGAUCAUCUUGAACCAUCCUGGACAGAUCAGCGCUGGCUACUCGCCUGUGAUUGACUGUCACACGGCUCACAUUGCCUGCAAGUUUGCUGAGCUAAAAGAGAAGAUUGACAGACGUUCUGGCAAAAAACUUGAAGACAACCCUAAAUCCCUAAAGUCUGGUGAUGCCGCCAUUGUGGAUAUGGUGCCUGGUAAACCCAUGUGUGUAGAGAGCUUCUCACAGUACCCACCUUUGGGGCGCUUUGCCGUGAGAGACAUGCGACAGACAGUGGCAGUUGGGGUAAUCAAAAAUGUGGAGAAGAAAGCUGCAGGAGCGGGCAAAGUCACCAAGUCUGCCCAGAAGGCCCAGAAAGCUGGCAAAUGAAUCGAGCUCCACCACAUCAAACCAUCCUGCGCACAACAUCUGCAAGACCCCAGAUGUCCCCUCGCUGUAGGACAUGCCCACACCUCUGCUUGUAAAACACUCUUUGUCAACGACUGGAUGUUAAUUAUUAAAGUCCAAUGGAAAUUCUUUAAAAGGAAAAGCAUGUUCCAGCAUUUGUGAGGCUUCAUGUUAAUUUUACCAAAUAAACUAUAAUAAACACUUA